ACCUGGUCACACAAGGAGAUGUGUGUUUGAUCAAGAGAGUUUAAUCGUAGAUUGGUAAACUAUUCGCAGGGACUAUACACACACACACACCUGUACGACACAUUCUGAGUGCGACGUGUUUACCGUAAAGCCUUUUAAAUCCCGCCCUCCGUUUGGUAGAAAACUCUGAUGUCGCUUGGUUUUCCACAAGGCUGACCCGCAAGACAGGGAAGGAGGGGGAAAAAGAGAGAGAGGGCAGAAAACACUAAAAACGGAGUAGUCUGGAAGGGGUCGGGGCUGGUAUUCCCUCAGCAGUUCAUCCCCCUGUUUGUUUUUGCUUGGAUGUUGAAGAGGCCUUCUCCACAUGUUCAACUAGAGCCCCCUCUCUGAGCGCAGCGUGACCUCUCACCUCUUCUACCAAACCACGCCCGCAGGUGAAGUGUGUAUGGAGCAGUGUGAGAACGCAGCGGCUCUGCUGGAGUCAGUCAGGGAGCAGGAGAUGCAGUUUGAACAGCUGACUCGGGCUCUGGAGGAGGAGAGGAGGAGAGUUGGCCUCCCCGCCACCAGCCCCACGGCCCUGGGUCACCCCUUCCCUCUCACACAGAACGGGCGUCUAGGGGAUGCAGACAUAGAACGUCUGAAGCUGACUGACUCGUACAUAAACGGCACGCAGUACAGAAUGGUGGACCCGGCACACGGAGCUCUUGAUGACAGCUACACACCUGAGGAUGAGUCCCAGGAAGUUCACUCUGUCUUUUCUGAGGAAGGAACCACCCGGAGGACAGAUAACGGGAUGAAGAAACCGGUAUCGCGCAUGAUCCCGCCCUCUCAGUCGUCUAUGGAUGGGAUGUUGUCACCUGCGAUGGGGGUCUACAGCGCCACGCUGGACAGGCCUUACAGGCCCACGGGGGUUGGGGACUACCCUACCGCGACAGUACCUCGAAAUUAUCACUAUGGUCCGGUUGGCGGCUACGAAGACUACCGGCCAGGUCCGCCGUCGGAGGCGUACACCAGCCUGAGCCGGGGCUCGCACAUGGAUGAGCGCUACAGGCCUGUCGAUGGAUACAGAACUCUGGACUCUGGCUACAGAGCCCACAGCCGCCAGCAGCUGGACCCGUAUGCGGCGCAGCCCCAGGUGAGUCGCAUGAGGGCGCUGGGGUCGGCGUUGGAGAUGAGGUAUGGCCACGGCCACUACGGACUGGAGGAUGAUCAGCGCAGCAUGGGGUAUGACGACUACGGCAUGGGGCCUCCACCCAUGCACCCUGGAGGCUACGGUACAAUGCCUCGCCUUGGGCCGGGUCCAGCAAUGGACAGACGCAGACUCAGAAGUUGCGAAGACACUUUGGACAGUGAUGUGGGAGGAGUCGACCCUUAUGCAUGGGGGCUUCCCACAACGUUGGAGAGGGAGAGCAUGGCCUCCCUGGACAGCAUACUGAGAAAGGGCCCUCCCACUUGGAGGCAGCCAGAUCUACCAGAGGUGAUCGCCAUGCUGAAUUACCGUCUGGAUCCUGUCAAGGCCAACGCCGCUGCCUACCUGCAGCAUCUCACGUUCAAAAAUGAUAAGGUGAAGUCGGAAGUGCGCCGCAUGAAAGGCAUUCCGGCCUUGGUGUCGAUGUUGGAUCAUCCCAGUAAGGAGGUUCAUCAUUCAGCCUGCGGCGCUCUGAAGAACAUUUCAUAUGGACAAGACACAGACAACAAGAUCGCCAUCAAAAACUGCGAUGGUGUUACUGCCCUGGUCAGGCUGCUGAGGAAAACCCACGACCAGGACCUCACUGACACGAUCACAGGCACCUUGUGGAACCUCUCCUCCCAUGACUCGGUGAAGAUGGAGAUAGUGGACCACGCUCUGCACGCUCUCGCCGACGAGGUGAUUGUUCCUCACUCAGGCUGGGAGAAAGGCGGAGGCGAGGAGAGCUCCAAACCACGACAUUUGGAGUGGGAUACAGCCUUGACCAACACUGCUGGCUGCCUUAGGAAUGUCAGCUCAGAGCGGAGCGAGGCCAGACGAAAGCUGAGGGAAUGCACAGGGCUGGUGGAUUCUCUCAUGUACAUUGUCCAGUCACAACUCAACCACAAAGAUGUGGAUAAUAAGCUGGUGGAGAAUUGCGUCUGCCUUCUGAGGAACCUGUCCUAUCAGGUUCACCGUGAAAUCCCCGGCUGCGAAAAUUACAAAGAGCUGACUCCUGUCAACCAGGGCCCCGCCUCAGCCCACAAGGGAGGCUGCUUUGGUUCACGAAAGGGCAAAGAUGAGUGGUUUUCCAAAGCAAAGAAGGAUGGGGAUGAUGGAAGUCCAGAGUCUUAUGAUUUUCCAAAGAGGACAACACCUGCCAAAGGUUAUGAGCUGCUGUACCAGCCAGAGGUGGUCCGUGUUUACACUUCUCUGCUCAAAGAGAGCAAGAACCCCUCAGUGCUGGAGGCGGCGGCCGGCGCCAUCCAGAACUUGUGUGCCGGACGAUGGACCUUUGGUCGGUACAUCAGAGCCAUGGUGCGUCUGGAAAAGGGCCUCCCCAUCGUGACAGAACUACUCUCCCAUAGUAACGAUCGUGUUGUUCGGGCAAUGUCUGGAGCCUUGAGGAACCUCGCCAUCGACAACCGCAACAGUGAGCUCUUGGGCGAGCAUGCGCUGCCUCACCUGUUGGCUGUCCUGCCUGGAGGGCAGAACCAGUCUAGGUGCAGUCUGACGGAGGAAACGGUGGUGUCGGUACUGAGCACGCUCACUGAGGUGCUCGGCAACAACGUGGAGGCAGCAAAGAAACUGAGACUCGCAUCUGGCGUUGAGAGGCUGGUGCUCAUCAGUAAAGAUGGCACCCGCUCUGACCGUGAGGUGCGAGGAGUGGCUCAGGUGCUGCAGCUCGUCUGGGCUCACAAAGAGCUUCGCCGGCCGCUGGAGAAGGACGGCUGGAAGAAGACGGACUUCAUGGUGAACCUGAACCCAAACACCACGACCACCAACGGACCGAGCACCAGAGCGAACGGGACCUACGAGGACAGCACCACGCCUCUACUGGACAGAGGAGAUAAGAGAGAUCUAAUUCCCUUGAAUGAUCUUGGCCCUGAUUCCUACUCUACACUGGACCAGAAGGAGAGGAGACGCACUCUGGACGAAACCACAGACACUUUACCGAAAAACUCAUAGUGUGCAUCACCCAGACGGGGCCCUCCCUGCCCUACCACUGCUACUGAGGGGAGAGAGGAGGCAGACACGGACGCCGUCUCCUCCUCUUCCUCUGUCUAACCCUCCUCUCUGUCGCCACACAGCUGGGAUCUGAAGAUGAGGAUCAGCAUCCAAAGAAAGUGGUCGUGUUGCAGAAGAACAGUUACACACACACACGCGCACACACACACACACCUGUUUCAUUCAAUUGUAGCAGCAGAAAUAUAUUCAGUUUAUAAAUUAUAGUUGUCUUCUGUAAAGGCAAUCACCUUUGUUGACAAUCAUUUUAUUCUGCAGCCGUCUCCCUGGUCCCCCCCACCAUUUCUUUUUCUUGUUACUAAGUGAACAGAUAUUCAUGCUCAAUAUGUUGCUGCCAGCCCCUGCAUCCGAACGAUGGAUCUGUCUUUAGCCGUCUGUGUAGGGGAAUAUAGUGUACAUAGGUGAAACAGGAUGACUGCAUUGGUUUUGGCGCAUUAAUUUAAGUGGUCCCUUUCCUGGGAAUGCUGGGAGGCUGGAAUCGCCCACAGGCCGCCCUGUAGAUGGAGAAUGUUUAUAUAGGAGUUAUUUUCCUGUCUAGAGUUAUUUUCUCUCUGUUGGGAUGAGCACAGCCCUGUAUAUUUGUCAAAAUGCUAAACCUGUUGCCGUAUGUGUGUGCGUUUCUUGUGUCAAAAUGAUUAUGGACCCUUAUUUGUUUGUUGUUUUUUUAUUUUUAGUAUUAUUAUUAUUAUUAUUGAGUAAUGUCUUUGCUUGCACGGACCAGACACGUUUGUUAAUCGUUUUUCUCAGAUUGUCCCCUGUUUUGAUUUUUUUUUUUUUUUUUUUUAACUGUCUUAUGUUCCUGCUGCCUCUUUUUCUGUUUUUAUUUAAAUUUUUUAAUUUGUUUCUGUUACUCUCCCCCAAGUAGAAAAUAAGUUUUGAGCUGCUUGUUUAAUUUUUUAUUUCUGCAGACUCGUCCAGUACAACGUGUCAAACCUGGUACUGAGAUGUGAAGCUGUGACAAACACUACUACAUGUUUAACCACUAACCAAACUUUUCCUAUCUCUACACUUAAAAGAAGAAAACCAGGUGAACAUUUGCUGACUUUUCAAAUAAGAGUCUGCCAUGUAGCCAUUUAUUCCUUCGUCUCUAAAUCCGUUUUGCGUCGCCUGAAAUAUGAAUUUUGGAGGCUUUUGUUACUCAGAGGAGACUCGAGUUUUCCUGCAGCUUUGGGAGAGAUGCUCUAUAAUUUAAGUUUUGUUCUGACCCAUUUAUUUUGUACUUUGUGUCCAGUGUAUUUUAUUUUGGGGGCUUUGUAUGUGGGUGAGAGCAUUAUGCAAAUUAUUAUUUUUUUUUCUUUUUAAUUCAACUUUUAUUGCUAUGUUUUUAAAAGCAAAAGAGACCAAUCUUUAGUUUGUUUGUUUUUUUUCAUAAUCUCUUCACACACAUAGUAUAUUUGUACUGUUGCCUAUCCAUGUAAAAUUAUGACAUACCAUACACCUGCCUUGGCUCUGAGCAGUUGCUUUUUCAGUGAAGUAUGUAACUGGUAAUACUUUGUUUUUUUUUAUAAAUAAAGAUUUUUUCUUAGACAA